AUGAGCUCUCUACGCUGGGGUGGGCUCGGUGCCCUGCUGCUGUUGCUCAGGCUGCUCCCAGGCUGGGCCAGCCUCACCCUCAUCCGUGUUAACCGAGGGGUCAGGGUGAUGAAGGGCAGCUCCGCCUUCCUGUCUCAGGAUGACCUGAAGUUCGCCAUCCCCAAAGAGAAAGAUGCCUGCAAAGUGGAGGUUGUGAUGAAUGAACCAAUAACCCAGAGGGUUGGGAAACUCACUCCACAGGUCUUUGACUGCCAUUUCCUUCCCAAUGAAGUAAAGUAUACUCACAACGGUUGCCCAAUUCUUGAUGAAGACACAGUGAAGCUUAGACUUUACAGAUUGACUGAGACAGACACCUUCACGGAAACCUUUAUCCUGCGGGUCUAUCUCCUGGAACCAGACUGUAACAUCAUCCGUAUGAGUGACAAUGUACUGGAGGUGUCUGAAUUCUAUGGCCUGUCCCGAGCCAUUGAUAAAAACCUGCUCAGAUUUGAUUAUGAGAGGACGACUAGUCUGGAGUGUACAGUCAGGCUGGACCCUGUGGGAACUCGGCUGCCAGCCCAUGGCCAGCUGGUUGUGGUGGAGCCCUGGCCGGAAGAACCUCGUGGAGAUCAGCCACACAGUUUUUUCCCUGAGUCUCAACUGGGAACAGAACUGAAGUGUCCUGGUGGCAGAUGUCCCCUGGGACUGAAGAAAAUAGGAAGUCUCAAAGUGAGCUGUGAGGAGUUCUUGCUGUCGGGGCUUCGAUAUCAACAUCUGAGUCCCCCUUCUCCGCACAUUGAUUACAUCUCCAUCCGACUGGACCUCACAGAUAGCAGGAGUAAAAUCAUAUACAAGUCAGAGAGUGUGUGGUUACCCGUCUAUAUCAGAGCUGGCAUCCCUAAUCAGAUUCCAAGGGCUGCAUUCAUGGCCAUGUUUAUUCUGGAAGUGGAUCAGUUCAUCCUGACCUCUUUGACUACAUCAGUUCUGGACUGUGAAGAGGAUGAGACCCCCAAACCCUUGCUGGUGUUCAACAUUACUAAAGCCCCGCGCCAAGGCUAUGUGACUCACCUGUGGGAUCACACCAGACCGGUGUCUUCCUUCACCUGGAAAGACCUAAGUGACAUGCAAAUUGCCUAUCAGCCACCAAAAAGCAGCCAUUCUGAGAGGAGACAUUAUGAGGUGGAGUUGGAAGUAUAUGACUUCUUCUUUGAAAGGAGUGCACCUAUUACCGUCCACAUCUCCAUCAGAACAGCAGACACAAAUGCCCCGAGAGUGUCCUGGAACACAGGUCUGAAUCUCCUAGAGGGACAGUCUCGGGCCAUCACUUGGGAACAGUUUCAGAUUGUUGACAAUGAUGACAUUCAUGCUGUCCAGGUAGUCAUUGUGGAUGGCCUGCAGCAUGGACAGCUUACUCUGAGAGGGGGGAAGGGGUUUCUCUUCACCGUGGCUGACCUUCAGGCUGGAGUCGUUCAAUAUCAUCAUGACGACAGUGACUCCACCAAAGACUUUGUGGUCUUCAGGAUAUUCGACGGCCAACACAGCAUCCGACAUAAGUUUCCCAUCAACAUCUUGCCCAAAGAUGAUAGUCCACCAUUCCUCAUAACCAAUGUUGUGAUUGAACUGGAGGAGGGGCAGACCAUACUGAUCCAGGGUUCCAAGCUGAGAGCUUCAGACAUGGACUCCAGUGAUGACUACAUCUUCUUUAAUAUCACGAAACCCCCGCAGGCUGGAGAGAUCAUGAAGAAGCCAGCACCAGGACUGAUAGGCUAUCCUGUCCCUGGCUUCCUUCAGAUGGAUCUGUUCAAUGGCAUCAUCUACUAUCGUCAUUUUGGUGGAGAAAUCUUUGAAGAUUCAUUUGAAUUUGUCCUGUGGGACAGCCAUGAACCUCCAAAUCUCUCAGAGCCACAGGUGGUGACAAUCCACAUCACUCCAGUAGAUGACCAGCUUCCAAAAGAGGUUCCUGGAGUUUCUCGACAUUUGGUUGUUAAGGAAACGGAGGUGGCCUGUAUCACUAAGAAACAUCUGCAUUUUGUAGAUACAGAAUCAUAUGACAGGGAGCUGCUCUACACAGUAACCACUCCUCCGUUUUUCUCCUCUAGCCGCAGACACUUGGAUGCUGGGAAAUUAUUCAUGGUAGACAGCAUACCAAGGCUAACCAAAAACCCUGCAGCUCCAGGGUUGAAGUCAUUCACUCAGCAUGCUGUGAACUAUAUGAAAGUGGCCUACAUGCCACCCAUGCAAGAUAUAGGCCCCCACCCCCGACACGUCCAGUUUGCCUUUUCCGUCAGUAACCAGCACGGCGGCACUUUGUUCGGGAUCUGCUUUAACAUCACGAUACUUCCGGUGGACAAUCAGGUCCCUGAGGUAUUUACCAACCCUCUGAGAGUGACUGAGGGAAGUCAGUGUGUCAUCAGCACAGAGCAUGUCCUGGUUUCUGACGUGGACACUAAACUGGACAACAUCCACCUCUCCCUGCAGAGACAGCCUCAGCACGGAAGGGUGGAGCUGAAUGGAUUUCCUCUAAACACAGGGGCCAUAUUUUCUUGGGGAGACCUCCAGGCCUUAAAAGUUAGGUAUCAGCAUGAUGGAUCUGAGAUACUUCAGGAUGACAUACUACUGGAGGUCACAGAUGGCAUAAAUGCAGCAGAAUGUGUGCUAUACAUUGAGGUGUUGCCUGUAAAUGAUGAGCCACCAGUCCUAAAGGCAGACCUCAUACCCAUGAUGUACUGCUCAGAGGGUGAAGAGGUGGUCAUUACCUCUGAAUACAUUUUUGCUACUGAUGUGGACAGUGAUGAUAUGAAACUGAUGUUCAUGAUUGUUCGAGAACCUCAGCAUGGGACAGUGAGGAAAGCUGGGGUCACAGUGCGUCAGUUUUCUCAGGGAGAUGUUACGGCAGGGGCUGUGACGUACAAACACACAGGUGGUGAGAUUGGCCUGGUGCCUUGUUUUGACACCAUAACGUUGGUAGUUUCGGACACAGAAGCUGGCCCUUUUGUGAAUGGACCUCAUCCAUCUGUUCCUCGUCGUGAGUCCUUUCCAGUGUAUGAUCUCAACAUCACAGUGUAUCCGGUGGACAACCAAUCACCUUCAAUUUCAAUAGGUACCAUGUUCUUUGUAGAUGAGGGUUUCUCAGCAGCCCUUACUGUUAACCAUUUGUCUGCCACUGAUGCCGACACUGCAGCAGAUGACUUGGAAUUUGUUUUGGUUGCUCCUCCCCAGUUCGGCUACCUUGAAAACACACUACCUUCUGCUGGUUUUGAAAAAAGCAAUAUGGGCAUCAGCAUAGCUUCGUUUCAGUGGAAAGACAUGAAGGCUUUACACAUUAACUAUGUGCAGUCCAGGCAUCUGAGGAUGGAACCAACAGCCGACCAGUUCAUGGUGUAUGUCACUGAUGGGAAACGACGCUCCUUGGAGAUACCAUUUUACAUUAUAAUCAACCCCACAAAUGAUGAAGCUCCUGAUUUUAUAGUGCGGAAUGUUACUGUGUGUGAGGGUCAGAUGAGAGAGCUGGAUUCUUCCAUCAUUAAUGCUGUUGACCGGGACAUUCCCAAGGACCCCUUGCUGUUCAGCGUCACUCAGAAGCCACGUCAUGGCCUCCUCAUCAACGGGGUGUUUAGCAAAGACUUGCCUCAGUAUAAGCAAUCACCCAACCCUGGCCAGAAGCAUGAACUUGUUUACAACUUUUCUAUGGAACUUCUCAAGAAUGGAAUGAGGUUGAUGUAUUUGCAUGAUGACUCAGAGAGCCUUGCUGAUGACUUUACAAUCCAGUUGUCGGAUGGGAAACAUAAGAUACUUAAAACCAUUUCUGUAGAGGUCACCCCAGUUAAUGAUGAGAAACCAGUGCUGAGCAAGAAAGCUGAAAUUACAGUGAAUAUGGGUGAAACUCGUAUUAUUUCUAGUGCAGUUCUCUCAGCCAUAGAUGAAGACUCCCCCAGGGAGAGGAUUUACUACGUAUUUGAAAGUCUUCCCCAAAAUGGGCAACUUCAGCUUAAGACAGGGAGGGACUGGGUCCCUCUCCAUCCUGGCAUGAAAUGCACUCAGGAAGAAGUGGAUCUGAACUUGCUGAGAUACACACACACGGGCGCAAUGGAUUCCCAGAACCGAGACAGCUUCACCUUCUACCUCUGGGAUGGUGACAAUAGGUCCCCUGCAUUUGACUGUCACAUCACCAUCAAGGAUAUGGGAAAAGGUGAUAUUGUCAUCCGGGCAAAACCACUUUCGGUGUCUAAAGGUGACAGAGGUUUCCUGAUGACCACCACCCUCCUUGCUGUGGACGGAACAGACAAGCCUGAGGAACUUCUCUACGUCAUCACCUCCCCACCGCGAUAUGGCCAGGUCGAAUACGUCCACUAUCCUGGGGUCCCCAUUACAAGCUUCAGCCAAAUGGACAUAGCAGGACAGACAGUCUGCUACGUACAUAAGAGCACGGGAGCUGCCCACAGAGACACGUUCAGAUUCAUCGUGAGCAAUGGACUGCAGACCAAGCCUGGGGUGUUUGAGAUCACACUGGAGACUGUGGACACAGCCUUACCCGUGGUGACCAGGAACAAGGGGCUGAGACUGGCUGAAGGGGCCACGGGUCUCCUCUCCCCUGACCUCCUUCAGCUGACCGACCCUGACACUCCAGCGGAGAACCUCACCUUCCUUUUGGCCCAGCUUCCACGACACGGCCAGCUCUACCUGCGGGGGACAGUGCGGCUUCCACACAGUUUCACUCAGCUGGACGUGGACAGCGGGCAUGUGACCUACAGGCACUCGGGAGGGCACUCUCGCACCGACCGCUUUACUUUUGUGGCCACGGACGGGACAAACCAAGGCUUUCUUGUGGAUGGGAGAAGGUGGCAAGAACCUGUUUCAUUCACCAUCCAGGUGGACCAGGUGGACAAAGCAGCCCCCCACGUCACACAUUUGCAUUCCCCUUCUCAAGUGGGGCUCCUGAAAAAUGGUUGUUAUGGGAUUUACAUCACUUCCCACGUGUUGAAGGCAUCGGACCCCGACACUGAUGGCAAUCAGAUCAUCUUUAAGAUUUUACGAGGCCCCCAACAUGGACAUCUGGAGAAUACAACAACAGGUGAAUUUAUCCAUGAGAAAUUUAGCCAAAAGGACUUAAACAGUAAGACCGUUCUUUACAUCAUAAACCCAUCUUUGGAAGUAAAUUCAGAUACCAUAGAAUUUCAAGUCAUGGACCCCACGGGGAACUCUGCCACUCCUCAAAUCUUGGAACUGAAGUGGUCUCAUAUCGAGUGGUCACAGACUGAAUAUGAGGUCUGUGAGAAUGUGGGCGUAUUGCCCUUGGAAAUUACCAGAAAGGGAUAUUCCAUGGACUCGGCCUUUGUGAGUGUAAAGGUCAACCAAGUGUCAGCUACAGCUGGAAAGGAUUUCACUAUGACUCCAUCUAAGCUGAUUCAGUUUGACCCAGGAAUGUCAACUAAGAUGUGGAAUAUAGCAAUUACCUAUGACGGAUUAGAGGAAGAUGAUGAGGUCUUUGAAGUAAUUCUGAACUCCCCCGUGAAUGCGGUUCUUGGCACAAAGACAAAAACGGCAGUGAAAAUUUUGGACUCAAAAGGAGGACAGUGCCAUCCUUCAUAUGCCUUCAAUGCAAACAUGCCCAAUGCAUGGGAGAAGGGCAUUUGGAGGCUGCUCUCCCCAGGGGCUUCCUCACGCACCACUUCUGGUUCCUUUCAUCCGGAAAGAAGACCCCUUCCGUCUUCCAAGCAGCUAGCAGUCGCCAAGGGAGACACCCUGCGGGACUUUGAUUCUGAAGAUCUUUCUGUCAUGAAGCUUAGGACCCAAGGGAAUGGCAAAAGAGUCCAUCCAUCCUCUGUUUAUAGAAAUGGAACAGACAUCAUCUACAAUUAUCAUGGAAUGAUUUCCCUGAAACUGGAGGAUGACAGUUCCUCAACUCACAAAAGUAAGGCCAAAGUAUCCAUUGUUAGUCAGCCACAAAAGACAAUCAAAGUGGCAGAACUGCCUCAAGCAGAUAAGGAGGAAUCCACAACUGGCUCACACUUCCCCCAACAGGACCGUUUACCCUCAUUUCCAAAGAACUGCACACUGGAAUUAAAGGGACUCUUCCACUUUGAAGAAAGCCUCCAAAAGCUGUAUAAGUGCAAUGGAAUUGCCUGGAAAUCUUGGAGCCCUCACACCAAGGUGGAAGAUAAAUCAUGCCCAGCUGGGUGGCACCAUCACUUAGGCUACUGCCACUCCUUGAUCACAGAGCAGAAGGGCACCUGGAUUGUAGCCGCCCAAGCUUGCAGGGAACAUCACCUGGGCAGCCUUGUAACUGUCCUCUCCAGGCAGCAUAUGCAAUGGCUUUGGGACAUCAGUGGAAGAAAGCCCUUUUGGAUAGGUUUGAAUGACCAAGUGCAUGCUGGCCACUGGGAGUGGAUCGGCGGUGAACCUGUGACCUUCACCAACUGGAGGAGAGGGCCUCCUCAACGUUCAAAGCCUGGCAAGAACUGUGUUUUGGUUCAAAGACAAGGAAAAUGGCAAACAAAGGACUGUAAGAAGGGCAGAUCUCACAAUUAUAUGUGCUCCAGGAAACUCUAAAUGUAACUGGCCCUACAGGUGCCCACUUGGGAUUUCUUACCUAUUUAUUUCCAGGAUAUGUGCACAUGGCUCAAUAGAAAACAGGGUGUCAUAACUGACUGGUACAUUUUUUUUUUUUUUUUACUCAUAGUGAUUGAAGGAUUCUAUCUAGUAAAGGAGAAACACAGUUAAAUAGUUCUGGGAAGUUUGAUAAAUGAAUGUUACUUAUAGGAAGAGAUAAAAUUUUUGCAUCUCAAUACCUUCCAAAAUAAAACCCCAAGUAUUAUAUGGCACAAGAUUUGAUUAUUCCGGAGACCUCACUCCAUAUUUCAGUCAAUACGAAUUUCAUGGUCCUUGGAUGUUUUUGGUCCCAAUACCUCAAAUGAGUCCAUUCUGAAAUCUAUAUUGCAGGUACUUCUACUACUUCAAUCUGAGGGAAGCUCACCCUGCCAGUUCAUUAAAUCAAGGUUGAACUGCAAAGGGUUGCUUUGUCCCUUUGGAGCCCUUUCACAUGUGAAAGCUGAGAGGCUGUGGAUAAAAAGGAGAAUUCUCUGUGGUGAAAAAGGAAGGCUUUAGAUGGAAGAAUCUGGCAGAUGGAAACUCAUCUGCAAAGCUCUAGUUCAGAAGAAACGGAGAAGAAAAGUCAACAUGUAUGUUUCAUCCUUACUGUUUGGAUCAGCCUUUCAUUAUACAGCUUCCAUCCAUCCAUCCAUCCACCAUCCAUUCAACAAAUAUUGAAUAUGAAGUGCCAACCCUGUACCUGAUAGUGUUCUGGAUACUGGAGACGUGGAGUGAAUGAGAUAGGAAGAAAGGCAUCGCAGAGAGCUCUCCUUGGGCAACCAUGAGGAAGCUGAGGAGAAGCCAGAUCUGUUUGUGGCAGUGCCACACCUAAUAGAUGCCAGCACUGCAGGGGAAGGCCAGAGGCAGAGAG